AUGAAAAAAAAUACAAUCACUAAACGUAGACGGAUGGAAUCAGCUGAGGGCGAACUUAUCGAAAUUGAACGAUUUAAAAGCUGUUCGAGAACGUUUAUUGUUAAGAAUAAGGAAGAAAUAAUAGACUACCAUGUAUUUUUUAGUUAUGUUUCUGAAAUGUUAAAUUCUAGGUUAACACAAUCAAACCACCAGUCAACAAUAAAAUUUAAUUUACAUGUUGAUAGCACAUAUGAACAACUAUUAACGGGUGAAGUACAGGAUAUGUCGUUUAAAACUUCAAACGUAUUAGCAUGUAAAUCAUCUGAUUUUAAUAGUUUAUUAAACAAAAUGUUUGACAAACUAUUAUCUGAGGAAGCACAGUUUAUAUCAAAAAAAUCAGGCUGGUCACUUAAAUCUAUAGAUUGUAUACAAUUACGAAUCAAUAAACUAACUAGUCCAUCAUUUGUACCAAUCUUUUUUCAUAAUCUGACAUAUGACAGUCACUUCAUAAUUCGAGAACUUGGGUGUAACGAUAAAGAUAUUCAUGUUAUACCUAAUUCAUCUGAAAAAUAUAUAUCAUUUAGUAAAGAAAUCGCACCAAAAUUUAGUAUAAAGUUUGUUGAUACAUACCGUUUUAUAGCUGAAAAAUUAAGUAAACUAGGAAAAAAUUUAUCCGAAGAUAAGUUGAAGUUUAGAGAAACUAUUAAAGUAUUUUCUAUUAAAGUAUUAGAUCUAGUUACUCGAAAAGGAGCCUUCCCGUAUGAGUAUGUCGAUAGUUGGAAUAAACUAGAUGAUUCUUUUUUACCUUCAAAGCUUGAAUUUUAUAGCUCAUUAACCGAUGAAAAUAUUACUGAUGACGAUUAUAUACAUGCGAAAAAUGUAUGGAACAUGUUUAAUAUAAAGACAUUAGGUGAAUAUAGCGAUCAUUAUUUAAAAACUGAUGUUGCUAUACUAGCUGACGUGUUUGAAAAUUUCAGAGACUUAUGUUUAUCUACUCUUGAAUUAGAUCCUGCUCAUUAUAUGACUGCUCCAGGAUUUGCGUAUGAUUGUAUGCUUAAAUAUACUAAGAUCAAAUUAGAAAGGUUAAAAUGUCCUAAUAUGCUUUUGUUUAUCGAGAAUUCAAUUCGUGGUGGGAUAAAUCAAUCAACUAAAAGAUUUGCUAAAGCAAACAUACCAAAUAUUGAUGGAUUGAAUUAUAAUUCAAAGGAACCGAUUACAUGGAUAACAUAUCUUGAUUGUGUAAAUGUAUAUGGAAAGUCUAUGUUGACGGAAUUACCUUUUAAAGAUUUUGAAUGGGUUGAUGACUUAAACAUAGACGUAACUAAAAUUGUUGAUAAUUCUGAAGUUGGAUAUAUAUUAGAAGUCGAUAUCGACUAUCCAAAACAUUUACAUAAGACUCAUAAUGAUUUCCCGUUUUUACCGUUAAACGAAUGUCCACCAAAUUCCAAAGUUAAGAAAUAG